CCCAUUUCAAACCCUAGCUGGUCGCUGCUUGCUUCUUGUUUGACUCUGGCCUUUCUUUUUCUGCAUUCGAUCGAUAAAAAUCACCCACUCACUCCUAAUCGAAGUUUCAUCUUACAAAAUCUCAAGAUGGAUUGGCAAGGGCAAAAGCUAGCUGAACAAUUAAUGCAAAUAAUGCUGCUUUCAUUUGCUGUGAUUGCAUUUGCAUUGGGAUAUCUUAUUGCUUCUUUCCAAAUGAUGAUUCUCAUAUAUGCUGGUGGUGUGGUUCUCACCACAUUGGUGACUGUCCCUAAUUGGCCCCUUUUCAACCGCCAUCCCCUUAAGUGGUUAGAUUCAGGUGAGGUAGAAAAGCAUCAAAAGCCACAAUCGUCUUUGAAUGUAAAUUCAAAGAAGAAACCCAUUAAGAAGUAGGUUUCUUUGGCAUAUGUUAGUGGAGUAUUCCUUUAAAAAUACAUGCUUUGACAGGAUUUUGUAUUUCUCAUUUCUUUCCCUUCCUUUUU